CACAUCAAAAUUUAUUCUCUUCAUCAAAUUUCCUUUGCUUUGCUUUUUCGUGUGAUCGUUCAAUUUUUGUGUUGUUGCUAUGGAUAUCGAUCUUUCUCCUCAAUUGGCUAAGAAAGUGUACGGUGGUGAUGGUGGAUCGUACUAUGCAUGGUCUCCUUCUGAACUUCCUAUGUUGCGUGAAGGUAACAUUGGUGCUGCCAAGUUAGCUCUUCACAAGAAUGGUUUUGCUGUUCCAAGGUAUUCUGAUUCUUCCAAGGUUGCUUAUGUUCUUCAAGGAAGUGGAGUUGCUGGAAUUGUGCUACCUGAAUCAAAAGAGAAGGUUGUCGCAAUUAAGGAGGGUGAUGCAUUAGCACUCCCUUUUGGUGUUGUGACAUGGUGGUACAACAAAGAGGACACUGAGUUAGUUGUUCUGUUCCUUGGCGAUACUUCAAAAGCACACAAAGCUGGUGAGUUUACUGAUUUUUUCCUGACUGGUCCUAAUGGAAUCUUUACUGGAUUUUCAACUGAGUUUGUGGGAAGAGCUUGGGACUUGGACGAGAACAAUGUGAAGACUCUUGUUGGAAAGCAAUCUGCUAAAGGGAUUGUGAAGCUUGACGGAAAAAUAAGCCUUCCUCAGCCUAAAGAGGAACACAAGAAAGGCAUGGCUUUGAACUGUUUGGAGGCACCAUUGGAUGUUGAUAUUAAGAAUGGUGGAAGGGUUGUUGUCUUGAACACCAAGAACCUUCCUUUGGUUGGUGAGGUUGGUUUAGGAGCUGACCUUGUGAGGAUUGAUGGAAGAUCCAUGUGCUCUCCUGGUUUCUCUUGUGAUUCUGCUUUACAGGUUACUUACAUUGUUAGAGGGAGCGGCCGUGUUCAGGUUGUUGGUGUUGAUGGUAAGAGAGUUUUGGAGACAACUUUGAAGUCCGGAGAUUUGUUCAUUGUUCCAAGGUUCUUCGUCGUCUCGAAGAUUGCUGACAAUGAUGGAAUGGAGUGGUUUUCUAUCAUCACCACCCCUAAUCCUGUAUUUACACACAUGGCUGGAAGUUCUUCGGUGUGGAAGGCGCUAUCGCCUACGGUUCUGCAGGCUGCUUUCAAUGUAGAUCCAGAAGUUGAGAAGCUCUUCCGUUCAAAGAGGACUGCUGAUGCCAUUUUCUUCCCUCCUCCAAAUUAAAGUAGAAUGGAAAUAAGCUUUAAUAAGCCGUUAUAGCUAGACAAUAUUAUUUUUUUUUUCUUACUUUUCUACUUUAUAAAAAGUUUCUGCACUUUUAUUUUGGAUUUAUUAAUAUUUAUAAGGAAGUUGAUUGCCUCAAUUGGUUUUUGGGGAUGACCUCUA